AUUUUGUAACUCGAUGAGAAGUUGAGGGACCUUCGGUGUACUUUUUCCAAUUUUUCACAAUAUUAUCCUAGCGUGGGCCGUGGGCGUGUGGCCCAUCACUGGGCCUUUUCCAAACCGACUUUUGGCAGCUAAAACCUGUCGGUGAUCGAUCCGAGCCGCGUCGUGUCGCCUUGCCUCGCCUCGCCUCGCCUGGACUUCGACUUCGCCACCGUCGAGGGCACCGGAGAUGGCCAACCACCGCCGCCAAUGGGCGUCGUGGCAGACGUUCCACCCCGUCCACCCGAUGGAGGAUCUCAUGCCCGGCGGCGUCCGCCUCCCCGACCCCGACGAGCAGCCACCGGACCCCAUCUACGCCUUCCUCGAGGUGUUCGAGGAGCUCUACGGCGACCAGUUCCCUCCCCACGUUCUCCUCUACGACUCGGGGGAUCCCAACGGCGGCGACGACAUGGAGGAGUCUGAUGACGACGUCGACGGCGGCGGCGAGAGUCUCUCCGCCAUCGUCUAUGGCGGGGGGAGACUGCACCCGUCCCGGCGCCCGUCCGUGCCGCCGCCGGAGGAGAGGCCGAGGGGGUGGAUGCCGUGCCCGGUUCUUCCUCGGGCGGGAGGCGGCCAUGGCGAUGCCGACGCCGCGGCCGCCGAACAAGGGGUGGAGGGAGAAGGGCCGGCCGGACGCGUGGCAGCGGUUCUACCUCGACCGCGGCGCCGGCAGGCACGCGGCGUCGGAGGCGGAGGCCAACCGGGAGCUCUGGAUCGCGUUCCUGCUCGACCGCGGCGCCGCGAAGAGCACCUCGUGGUGGAGGUCGUUCGAGCGGCGGUUCGAACGGUGCGCCGCCGCCGAUCCCUACUACGCCGCCGGCGACACGCCCUGCGCCAUGGUGACCUCUUUCACGUUCUGCUUCCAGUAAUAGGCCUUGGUACCCUAUGUACGUCUUUCAAUGGGAGAGUGAUUAAUUUCAGCUAUAGAAUCAUAAGCAGCAUUGGCACAAUAGAACUCGUAGCGUUUUGUAAGUAGCAUACUUUGCAAACUUUGCGUUUGUUUAGUUCGCGAAAAGAAAAUUUUUGGGUGUCACAUCGGAUAUUUGACCGGAUUCGGGGGUUUUUGAACACGAAUAAAAAAACUAAUUUUAUAACUCGUAUGGAAAACCGCGAGACGAAUUUAUUAAGCAUAAUUAUUCCGUCAUUAGCAUAUGUGGAUUACUGUAGCCUUUUUCUAGAAAAUGCAUACAUUGCGACAUGGUGUCCUGAACUCCUAAUACAAUUUAUUUCUGUUUUCGUGGGCCAAUCAGUAGUAAACUAGUAAUCUAUUUUGGAAUUUGAAGAUGCAAUUGAUAGUGUAGUGGUAAGGGUAUGUGUUGAAACCACGCUCAUAAUUCUUUCUCAAAUGAAUGUUUGGAGGAACUUCUUUGUCUCCAAAUAUUAAUCCUGUUCUUUUUUCUAUUAUUAAGGAAUUCCGAAUUUUCUGCCAAUCUCAUGUCUCUUUUCUGCUGACAUUGUCUGGUGUCAUAAAAAAGUAUGUGUUCAACUGUUCAUGGCUUCAAAUGCUUUCCAAACCUUUUCUUCAGAGUAUGUAUGUGAUCUUUUGAUUGGCUAACAUAUGACUGGUAAUUUUGGAGCACGGCAAAUGUAAGAGAGCAAGAUCGGGGUACUUGAGCAUUGGUAUCUCCUCGUAGUGCAAGAGUGUUGACUGCACGUCAAUUGACGAUAAUUAACUUUGCAGAUGUUGCCUGGUGUCAGCCUGUCAGGUGACUGCCCCUCUUUCUUUUCUUUCUUUCUUUUUUUUUUGUGAUGGAAGUUUCUACUCUAGUUUUGCUCCAUGGAGUAUGCUUUAAUCUUAAAGCAGUUUGUCUACAAAUUCCAGUCUCCAAAUUAAAUGUUUAGAGUAAUAAUUUGGGGGAAAUAACCUCCAUUUAGCAAAAGGGAAAAAUUAUAAAGUCCAUGGUCCUAACU